AGAACCAGGAAGUAACUCCUCAUUUCAGAGAAAACAAACCGUUCUCUCUCUCUCUCUCUCUCUCUCUCUCUCUCUCUCUCGUUGUGAGUGCAGGAAAAUGGCCGAGGCCAGUAUUUCAGUAGCUCAGGACCAGUUCAUGUGUCCAGUGUGUCUGGAUCUCCUGAAGGAUCCGGUGACUAUCUCCUGUGGUCACAGUUUCUGUAAGGUGUGUAUUAAUGGCUGCUGGGAUCAGGAGGAACAGAAGGGCAUCUACAGCUGUCCUCAGUGCAGAGACACUUUCACGACAAGGCCUGUUCUACGCAGAAACAACAUGCUGGAUGAAGUGGUGGAGAAACUGAAGAAGACUGAAGUCCAAGCUGCUUCUCCUGCUCACUGUUACGCUGGACCUGGAGAUGUGGAGUGUGAUUUCUGCACCGGGAGAAAACACAAAGCCGUCAAGUCCUGUCUGAUUUGUUUAACUUCUUAUUGUGAAACUCAUCUGAAACCUCAUCUUGAAGUUCCUGCUUUGAAAAAACACACAUUAAUUGAAGCCUCAGCAAAACUCCAAGAGAAGAUCUGCUCUGAACAUAACAAGCUGAUUGAGAUCUACUGUCGUACUGAUCAAAUAUAUAUUUGCUCUUUGUGCAUGUUGGAGAAACAUAAAGACCAUGACGCUGUUUCAGUUGCAGCAGAAAGAGCUGAGAAACAGAGUGAGUUAAAGGAGGAGCAGAUGAAAUCCCAGCAGAGAAUCCAGGAGAAGCAGAAGAAGGUGCAGGAGCUGAAACAGGCUGUGAACACUAUAAAGCUCAGUGCACAGACAGCAGUGGAGGACAGUGAGAGGAUCUUUACUGAGCUGAUCAGCUCCAUGGAGAAAAAGCGCUGGGAGGUGACGGAGCUGAUCAGAGAUCAGGAGAAGGCUGAACUGAGUCGAGCUGAACGACUCCUGGAGCAACUGGAGCAGGAGAUUGCUGAUCUUCAGAGGAGAGUCACUGAGCUGGAGCAGCUUUCACACACACACGAUCACAUCCAUUUCCUCCAGGUUUUAGCUUCUGGACGUCAGUCUCCUACACGGGUCAGACCAGACUUUCGCACAUUCAGCGUCACUGUCCAUCAACAUCUCUCAUUUGAUGGAGUGAGGAAUUCUCUCUCAGAUCUGAAAAAGAGACUCGAGGAAUUCUGUGAGGAGGAAUUCAACAAAAUCCCUCCACAUGCUGCAGCAGUUCAGAUCAUUUCAGGACCAGAACCACAGAGCAGAGAAGAGUUUCUGAAAUAUUUCUGUGAUCUGACUCUGGAUCCCAACACGGCACAUCAUCACCUCAUUCUGUCUGAGAAGAACAGAGCGGUGAGAUGGAAUGAGAGAGAGCAGCGUUACUCUGAUCAUCCAGAGAGAUUUGAUUCCUGGCCUCAGGUGUUGUGUAAGGAGAGUGUGUGUGGACGCUGUUACUGGGAGGUGGAGCAGAGCGGUGCUGGUGGUGUGUACAUAUCAGUCUCAUAUAAAGACAUCAGCAGGAAAGGAGAGGGUAAUGAGUGUGUGUUUGGAUGCAACAAUCAGUCCUGGAGACUGCGGUGUUUUUCUUCUUCUUCUCUCUCAUUCUGGCACAACAGCAUCAAGACUGAUCUCAGAGUUCCAUCACCCUCCAGAAUAGGAGUGUAUGUGGAUCACAGUGCAGGAACUCUGUCCUUCUACAGCGUCUCUGACACGAUGAAGCUCCUCCACAGAGUCCACACCACAUUCACUCAGACUCUAUACGCUGGGUUUGGGCUCAACUUGGAUUCUACAGUGAGAUUGUGUGAUCCAGAAUAAAAGUGUGUCAUGUUUUCUGUAAAA